CUCCACACCUCCCUUAACUGUUUGGCACUUCAUCCCAUCCCAUCCUCCCUACCAUCAGAAAAGAAUCCCUUAAGAUGGACCCAGAACCAGACACAGCAGACCCCUCCAACCCCCCCGUAAUCAACUACAUUCUCUCCUUCCUUCUAGUCGGGGUAGCUUGGGGGUUCACCACCCCUUUCAUCCGGCGCGCAGCCGCGGACUUUGCAGCCCGCCAGCAACAGCAGCAGCAGCAGCAACCGGACACCAUCACCACCACCAAUGAUGAAACCAACGUCCCCCUAACAGCUGUGUCUCCCGAAUACACCGACGAAACACGCCCCGAGGAUGAACGGGGAGAAGAAAGCGAGGAAGAUAAUCCUCCCCCAGCUAGCCACCAAGACCAGCAACAACCGGCAUGGAUGCAGCAGCAGAAACAGUCAAAACCACCAUCCUGGCUCCGCAAAAAGAUCACCACGUUAUUCUGGACGGUUGUGAAUCUGCUUCGCACUCCUGCUUAUUCGAUUCCCCUGGUGGUGAAUUUGACCGGAAGUGUCUGGUUCUUUUUGUUGGUGGGGAAGCAUGAAUUAUCAUUAACUGUCCCCCUCGCCAACUCCAGUGCGUUUCUGUUCACCGUGUUGGGCGAAUGGUAUGUUGAGAGGAAGGUCAUUGAGCGCGAGACGUGGUUGGGGAUGGCGUUGGUGUUGGGUGGGAUUGCGGUUUGUGUUAUGGCUUAGUUUUCUUCUUUCUUUUCUAUUACUAGUAUCUAGGUUGUGUUAUGGGUUUUUAGGGGUAUAGUGUAGUAUUCUAAGUUGGUGUGGUUGAUUAGUGAUGAGAGUCGGAGGCGAGGUAUAAAAAAAAAGAAUCGCAAAAAGAUGUGCAUCAUCCGUGAAUCGAACACGGGCCUCAUCGAUGGCAACGAUGAAUUCUACCACUAGACCAAUGAUGCUGUUGUUAUUAUGCUG